ACCUUUGAUCUGAAGAGGUACAGACUGCACACAUUCAGCUGUUUCACUCCCAUCUACAGGGAAUCAAUCCAUCUAUAAGCAUUUCUUGCAGUAUUCCCACGCUUGUGCUUCUGGCCUUAGACAAAAAGGAAGGAACAGGAUCUUAAAAUCUGAUAACUGCAAGGUACCCUCUUGUUCUUCUGCUGUAGAACUUGCAGUGUUCUGCUCCUGAAGAAUUAGUAAAGUUAAAGCUUAGAUAGCACUGUUUUCCACAGAGCUAAAAUCUCUAAUGGCUUUUUUUAAAUUUGAUAGGAGCAUCUGUGUUUUCAGCACUCCUGAAAAUCCAUGUACCAAUCUGAGAUCUGAACCUAAUUUAAGUUGAUACAAAGUUGAACAAAUACACGAAUACACCUAGGACACAUGUAGUCUGUAGGUUGGAGGGGUAAAAUAUAGAGAAAAAAUUGUAUUUAACUGAGUUUUCACCUUCCCCUGCUUUAUUUUAUUCUGUUUUGUACCUCUUUUCAUUUUUGGAGUGUUUUCCCUUCCCCACAGCAUCUGUUUUACAAUAGAUCAUCUGUGCUACCCAGGCAUCAACUCCACAUCAGGAUUCAGGUCUCCAAGUGCAGGACUUCCCAUGAAGAUGAAUAAUGACAGUAUUACAGGAAGGGAAGGGUGGCUCUGUGUACCAGGAGAGAAAAACAGCCUUCUGCCACCACACUGAGACUCUCUUUGAACAUGGUCUCCUACCAAAAUGAAGGACUGCACUCUGCUUCACAUUUCACAGAAUUAGAAAAAGACCAAGCUAUUUUCUGACUGCCUGCAUCCUGCUUAUGUAACUUGCAGAUGACGGCUGUGCAACCUCUGGCUGAGCCCUGGAAAAUUUCCUUGUCGGUGAGUCAGGUGCUUGGCAAACGGUCUGGUGCAGUGGGCUUGGAGAUGAGAUUGCAGUCAGAGGCACUACCUGGAUACCAGAGCCCAAUUCAAGGAGAGAGCAAUCCAUCAUCUGCAGCUUCUGUGGGCUGUUCUGCUGAAGGCUCUGAGGAAGCAAACGUGAGAUGUUACCCAAAAGCAGGGCUGUGUGAGCCCUCUGAACCUAAUGAUGCCGUGCUCUCAUGGAUGUAUGAACAUGAUGGUGCAGCAGAUCCCAGCAUCAGGGACUCUCUGGAUGGCUUCUACAAAAUGUAUUGCAGAAAGCAGCCAGAGAGAAAGGAUCCGACCUAUGAGGCUGCCUCACGGUGUCUGUCACAGAAGAUUUCAGAGUUGGAACAAAAGGAUGGAACAAAAUAUGUGUCACGUUGCCUGCAAAUGGCACAAUUGGUCUUGAACAGAGAUGGAUGUAAGAUCUUUCCAAACCAUCCCCCUUCUGCUUGCUUUUCAAAGCCAGCUGAAGGAGAAGUCCUGUUGGAAAACAGGAGGAGUAUACCUGGACUCUCAGAUGACAUCCUGCAGUUCCUCUUGAAACACACGCAGGCAGAAUGUAGCCCUGAUGGGUCACACGAGAAGUGAGCAAGACAUUGGUUUGUUUCUAUCAUCAAAGCUUUGCUUUCACUCCAGAAAGAGGUGACUUUCCUAGAAAGACAUUGUUCUCCAAGCACCACCUUCAGCACCAGGUGCUCCAUGGAGGGGCUCACCCACACCAGACCUUGCACCUUGCUCUCUGAAGGGCAGCACUGCAUAAGGAGCAUCCGUGUAACUGCUUUGGGAUGUGGUGACUGUUUGGGAGGGGUCAUGCAGUGUUUGCUGCUGGGACAUCAAACAUGAUAAUUUAUACCCACCAGGCUUUUAAACCGGCCUGCAUCCUUACCCUAGGUUAACAGUGGUCCAGGCCAAAUUCAGCCCUUGGGUGGGCAUGGCUGUCCAAGUGCUGUUGGCUAUGACAGACUGACCUUGGCAUGGUGUGCCCCAGCCCUACAGAGGGAGAGUUAAGAUCUUGUUCUGUACAUUUGCCCCCACGGGGUGCCUCUUAGCUCUGUGUUUUUACCUACAGACUUGUAACCCCAUAGUUCAUGAUUGCAAUGCCAGGCAAAUUUUUCUGUCUGAAAAAGUGUGUGUGUGCAUGAAAAAGAGAAAAUACAGCUGAGUAUGUUCUCUGA